CCACGACUAUUCUGUUUUGUGUGCAGAGGUUUUGUCCUCUUCGGAUAACCGUACGGAACCGUUGUCCGUACCGUAGGCACUGAAUCACACUGUUAUAUGAAACACCUUUCGUGGAAAUUUUUGUUUUUUUUUUCUCUCUUCAUAUUUUGGUUUUGCAAUCGAAAGCGGUAAAGGUGCAUGCCGGAGCCCGCUAGUGUCAUCCGAACGCGUUCGUUUCACUACUAUUUCUGCUACUGAUUCGACUUCAUUCUAUUCUGGGACACGGUAAGGUGCGAGUGAUUCUCUCUCCCGUGUGUUUUACGUCGGGUGCGUGUAUCUUCUGUGUUUACUGUGCACGUACGACGACGGCAACAGACACACGAGAUCACGGACCAAGGCUGGGCAAGAUAGAGAGUGGCGGUCCCGUACAGCGCUACGGCACACAGGCAGUGGCGAACCGUGCCAAACCGAGUCAGUGUCUGUCCAUCCACCGCACACACCUCAUCACAUCCGAAACGGCAGCAUGCGAAAUCAGGUUACAGUGCGUGACGGUGGACGUGCGCACGUGCCGCGUACCGCCCGGCUGCUGGUGCAGCUGAUCGUGGCCGGCCUGCUGCUGGUUACCGUCUGUCACGAUCGUACCGCAACCGCAUUCAACCUGGACACAAUCAACUACAUACUGCAGGAGGGUGAACCGAACUCAAUGUUUGGCUUCAGCGUGGUGCUGCACCGCGAACAGAACAAGAGCUGGGUAAUUGUGGGCGCACCGACCGCCAACACAUCGCAGAAGAACGUGAUCGAGGGCGGUGCUGUGUAUCGCUGCGACAUUUACGACGAUCACCGGUGUUUUCUGGUGCCGUUCGACACGGAAGGAAACAACUACAACGAUCAAAACGAACAGAUUGACACGAAAUCGAAUCAGUGGUUCGGUGCAACAGUUGCUAGUGCAGGCAUUGAUGGCCCGUUAGUGGCUUGCGCACCUCGCUAUGUAUUUCACCAGCUGCACCCAAGAAAGGUGGAGCGUGUCGAACCCGUCGGCACCUGUUAUUUGGCGAAGAACAAUAUGCGCGAAUUCCAGGAUAUAUCACCUUGCCGAACAGCCUACUGGGGCUACCAUCGACAGGGAUCCUGUCAGGCAGGUUUCAGUGCCGCCCUAACGAAGGACGGUUCACGUGUUUUCAUCGGUGCACCGGGCAGCUACUACUGGCAGGGACAAAUGUAUUCCAUUAACACCGACGUUGUGUUUCCCUAUAAACCCCCGCGGUAUGGUCAUUUUGGCGAAGGAGGCCAGAUCUAUUCGUUCAGCCUGAACGACCCAAAGGACAAGGUGUACAAAACGCUGGAGGACACGAAGAAGGAAGAUGACAGCUAUCUAGGCUAUUCGUCAACGACGGGAGACUUUAAUGGUGAUGGUACGCAGGGUGUAGCGGUAGGCAAACCACGCGGCGCUCAGCUGCUGGGUAAGGUGCUUAUCUACUCCUGGAACAUGACGAACCAGCAGAACAUAACUGGUGAGCAGAUCGGGGCUUACUUCGGUUACUCGCUGGCGUCUGUCGAUGUGGAUGGCGACCGGCUGGAUGAUCUGAUUAUCGGUGCGCCUAUGUACACCGAACCAAACAACGAGGGAAAGUACGAAACGGGCCGUGUCUACAUCAUGUACCAGGGCUCUGUUCCUGCCGGUCGGUUUCGCGAGCUAGACACCCGGGACGGUGUGAAUAGUAAGGCAAGAUUUGGACUAGCCGUCUGUUCACUGGCCGAUCUUAAUCUGGAUGGGUACGGAGACUUCGCCGUUGGUGCUCCGUACGAUGGACCAAACGGGCGUGGUGCCGUGUACAUCUUUUACGGUUCACGUACGGGACCGUUGGCCAAGGCGUCGCAGGUGAUCCAAGCGGAAGAGUUGCCAGUUGUGACACGCCUAUCCACAUUCGGGUUUGCCCUGUCCGGUGGGAUCGAUCUGGACGGUAACCAAUACCCAGACAUGGUGGUCGGUGCGUACGAAUCCGACAAAGCGUUCGUCUUCAAGGCACGCCCGGUAGCAGCAAUGGAGGCGAGCACACUGUUCGGUACGGAGAGAAAGCUGAUCGCUUUGGACGAUCGCAACUGUACGGUGGUGCAGACACAGAAGCAGGUUGCCUGUACGGUUCUUCAUUCGUGCCUCAAGUACAAAGGCAUCAACGUACCGCCGAGCUUGGACAUCGAGAUCUCGUGGACGUUGGAUGCACGCAAAUCGCGUAAUCCGCGUAUGUUCUUCCUAGAUCAAGACGGCAACAGCAACCGCACCCUGUCGAUGCGGCUGUUCCGCGAUAAGCUAGAAUGCCGCAGUGAUAUGGUUUACGUAGCGGACAACAUCCGUGACAAGAUCACCCCACUCGAGGUAGAGAUGGCUUAUAGACUGCGACAGAGCGCUCAGAGCCGUCAGCGACGUCCCCGAGCCAACGUGGAGCCCGUCCUUGAUCACAACCGUGGCACAGUACAACGCGACACAAUCAACAUACAGAAGAACUGUGGACCGGAUAACGUAUGCGUGCCGGAUCUACGCAUGGAGGUGAAAUCGGUGGAUGACUAUCUGCUCGGCUCAAACAAUCUGCUCUCGGUAGAGGUGUUGAUCACUAACAGGGGCGAAGAUGCGUUCGAGGCAGGCUUCUACAUGGCCGUACCGAACGGGCUCGAUUUCCGGCGCGUAGAUAGACUGGGCGAGGUUAAAGACGUACCGGUGCUCUGUACCGCACCGUCGGCUGCCACAAAGAAAACGCUCAAGUGCGACAUUGGCAACCCACUGUCUAGCGGUAAGGUCGUACAUUUCAACGUCAUACUGGCACCAUCAUUCUCCGCUGGUAUGGGAUCGAGCUACGAUUUUUAUCUGGAGACGAAUUCCACCAACGCUGAGGUGGAGGGCAGCCAGCACGAUAAUGUGGUGCGAAAGAGCAUCGGUAUCUUGGUGCAAACAGACCUAUCGAUGUCGGGUGUAUCGCUGCCGGAAGAGUUUUUGUACAACUAUAGCGAGUACCGAACGCUGGAGGAGGCACGCACGGAACGAGAUAUUGGUCCGCAGGUGGUGCACAUCUAUGAGAUCCGGAACGAAGGACCUUCGACGAUUGAUGAGGCAGAAUUUUUCGUCCUAUGGCCGUUCGAAACCCUCGACGGAGUGCCGCUAAUGUAUCUGCUGAACCAGCCCGAAACACACGGCAACAUUGAGUGCCUGCCGACGGAGUACGCCAACCCACUGAAUCUGGCCAUUGACAGCGGGCUGGCACGGAAGAGUUUCCUCGAUAAGGUUGGCGUGUCUGGUACGAGUUUCUCCUCGACGAUGGGUCGCACGACUAAAUUUAGUAGUGUGUCCUCCACUGCCGUUGGUAAUGAUGGUGCAGCCGGUGGGUCAUCUGUUUCUUACCUGUCCACUAGCGGAUCAAGCUCUGGACGUAGUGGUAGCAACAGUGGCAGUAGCAGCGGCGGUAGCAGUACUAGCUCCAGCAGUAGCAGUAGUAGCACCAGUUACAGCAGUAGUUCUAGCAGCAGUACUGGAAGUGGUACUGCUAGCAGCAGCAGUACCGGAAGUAGUGGUGCUAGCAGCAGUACCGGAAGUAGCAGUGGUAGAGUGAAUGAGUCAAGGUAUAUCUCUACGGGUAGAGGUUCGUCGUCUGCAGGUUCAGAGGGAUCGAACUAUCAUCGCGUAACAGGUGGUGGCUCCGAACGCCGCUAUCAAACGGAGGGCAGCGACUUGAUUUCUACUGGUCGAGUGCACGGUGAAUAUGGACAGUCGCAGGGAGAAGCAUACUCUAGACAAGGGUACGAACAGCAGGGAUCGCAAGGUGAUGGAUAUAGACGUCAGCAACAACAUUACGAUGAAAGAACGCGCGUUGUGGACACCAGCUACGGAGCAGGUGGCAGUGGUGCUGCUUCCGGCGUUGAUGUUUCAUCUACCAGCAGCAGUAGUAGUAGCGGUGGUCGGAACGGUACCACAUCAUCGGUAGUGUAUUACACAUCGAAGAAUCGCACGACUUACCGUGAUGAAAAUGGUCGGAUUCAUGAAACCGAGAGCAGUGAGUAUCACCGUCGCAACUACGGUCUAGGUGGUGGACAGGGUGAGGUAGUACAUGAAACCGGCACCACGUCUGAGGUCGAAUCAGGUUCGUCAACACGCCGCCGUAUGAUGAGCCAGCAAGAUGGCGAAACAGGUCCGUCGCGUACGGGUCUGAUUACCGAGUUCAUGCACCUAGGUGACUACACUGGUCCCGGUGUUGGAUCUACCGCAAGUCACGAUCUAAAUCGGUUAGAGAAUAAGUUCCGCACCGAGUACUCGCAGCAGCAGCAUGGUGGAGGUUCGACGGCUUACAGUGCCACAUCGUCGUCGGGAUCCACCUCGUCUGGUCGGCAAACUCAUUAUACAGGUCGGGACCACCAGCAUCAGAAAGAAUCAGCGACGUACUCGAGCAAUGCGUACAACGGUGUAGCGGACGAUCUAGAGCAAGAUCACGAAGAUGACUACGAUUCGUAUGACCGAAGCGAGGAGGAUAGCUACGUCGAUCCGGUCGGUCCUGGAGCUCCAGACAAUCGUCGCACAUACCCACCCGGCUAUGGUUUGCCCCACCUGAAGCAACAUCUCAACCAAGGUCACGAGAAUGUGGAGCAAAAGUUCCGCUACUAUCAACGAUUUGAUCGGCAGCGACGUCAGGCACCGAUGAAGGAUGAGUCCGAUCGUGCACUCGAAGAGGCACUCCGAUGUCACGCUACAAGAUGCGCGAUCAUUCAUUGCAAGGCGGGUCCGAUCGGUAAUAAGGAUGUGGCGUUCAUAGCACUUCGUACGCGUGCCGUUGCCCAUACGUUCCACAAACUGUCAUCGUCUGAAUCACUGUACUUCUCCACGAUGAAUGUGGCCCGAGUACUGAAGCUACCGUACAUUGGCGAACCGAAGGACAAACCGAUCAAGACGCACGAGAUCAAGGUGUUGGCAUCGCCGGAACGGCUUGUCAAGCCAGACGUGGUACCACUCUGGAUCGUGGUACUUGCCGCCUGCGCUGGCGCUCUCAUUCUUCUGCUUCUCAUAUAUCUACUAUCGAAGUGUGGCUUUUUCGAGCGCAAACGUCCGACGGACUCGUCCGAACGGCAACCACUAAACCGAAACGGUAACUAUCAUGGCGACGAACAUCUGUGAGGUCCCUUCCCUUUUCCCCUCAACCCCCCAUGUCAUGUUUAUAAUGGAUGAGAAUAGCUCGGAUUGUUCGCAUAGGUGAUAAAUUCUUCACUGAAACAUUCUCGCCUUUCUCUGUCCUUAUUAUGUUGCAGAGUAAGUGUAUGGUUCCGGUGUGCCGGACACUGUACAGGGGGAGUAUACGUCACCAGUGACAGCUGGGGACGCUACUUUUAGCCGGCGGCCAUACCGUCGUAACCGAGUCCAAUCUGCAUGAUAGGGUGUGUUGGUAUGUGUACGAGUGUUGAAGACAAGAUGGCGCGUUCGCGCAACGGAAUAUGAAAGAGUAGUGUGAAAACAGUUGUAAAGCAUGUUUUCUGUUAUUGACAACACUUAAUCAACUAGUCAAACGUUAUGUUCGUAUGCGUGUGCACAGUUUUGCAUGCAAGAAGAAAAAAGCACAAUCUCAUUAACAUCAUCUUUUGUUUUGCAUUAUGUCUCUACUACUCUCAUUAGCGGCCAUUAGUGAUUUUGUGUUGCUCAUUAUUAUUUUUUCUUUAUAGAACACAAAACGAAGUGUUCCAAAAAGAUACACUUUAUCGGCUAGUUAGAAAAUGACUUUUAUGAGUUUUACGAUUUACAUCUCUGCAAUGGGUAUGUUAGUUGUCAGUAGUAGUACUGAUUAGUAGUCAGAGCUGGUGAAUGACUAAGGUAAAAACAAAAGCAAAUCGCACAACAAAAUAGGACAGUUGGCGAACAAUAUGUAUCUCCGCGUUGUACUCACCAUACUAACUCAUUAACAUCUCAUCAUUCGCGUUAGUGUGCGUGCGUUUGUAGGUGUGUUUAGCGAAGACUGACAGAUUCUGGUCGAUUGGUGGCGAUGCGAUUGAUCCGAACUGUAGCCAAACAGUUCCGAGCAAGAGAGCAAGGUGUAGGGUAGAGUGAAAGAGAAAGAAUCCUUAAAAAAGGAACAGUAUGAACAACGUGCCUUAUGUGAACUACGUGCAGCUCGAGUGCAAGUACCGCAAAUCAUCUCAUAAAGCGACUUGUGUCGACACCAGUCGGUAACAAAUAUAGAGUUAGAACGUUAUAUUAAACAAAUACACAAAUUUACAAGAUUUUUUUUUUCGUAGCUAAAUAAUUGUUGAGACACAUCAUCAUGGAACGUUACAAUACUGAUAUUAAAUUAACCUGGAAUGAUGCUGCCUUAUCCCUUAGAAUUAACACGUUACGGAAUAACAUUAGUAAGUUAUUAAUAUCGCAGCUAGUAAAGGAGACGCUGCGUAGUCAAUUUUGGAGCCCGCCAAACAUGCUGGACAGGGGGAUCGUGGGUCCCCCCCUUACCCGUGCCCUUCCUCUGUGCCUUCUCUACAAACCAUGGAACAAACAAAAGAAUACAAACAAUGUGUAAUAUUUUACAGUAGCAUGUAAUCUCGUCCGCCAGCGUUCUCAGAUUAAUUGUAUAAUGUUUUGUUAUAUAUAAACAAUGGAAAAAAAAUAAACAAUAAUAAUGUGACUUAAGGA